AGAAGCCCCACCAGCAUGUCCCAACUCUCGAGACGAGUGACGCCGCUUAAGAAAGACUCCAGAGCAGAUCCGGAUCGCCUUCGCCGCCCGUCCCUUCGAGGGAGAAGGCGGAGCCGCCAGGCAAGAGGCUCCGCCCACAGCCCGCGGGGGGGGGGCGCCAAGCUCCAUGUGCGCCCGCCGCCGCGUGACGCGCUCCCUCUCCCCCUCCCCACCCGCGCCUCCACUUGCGAGUUUGACAGGACUUUCGACGGGGCUUUUUUCCCCGCAGCUCCGCGGAGGAGGGAGCAGCAGCAGCAGCAGGCGCCUCUGCAGCUCCGGCCGUCGUCAGCCCCGGCUCCCCUCGCCUGGACCACUCCUCCGUCCGCGCGGCGGAGAAGCAAGGAAGCCGCGCUCCCCGCAGCCACUGCCGUGCAGACGACCAGCAGCAGCAGCUCCUCGCCGAGAAUGUCGGAGCCCAGAGCCCAGAGGGGGGCGGCGGCGGCGGCGGACAAGGAGUCCCAGAGCCCGGUGGCCCAGCUGCUCUUGGGGCUGCGUUGGGGGCGCUUGGAGGAGCCCCUGGGAUUCAUUAAGGUGCUGGAGUGGCUCUUUGCCAUAUUUGCCUUUGGAGCCUGUGGUUCUUUCAGUGCAGAAACAGGGGCUACUGUGAAAUGCAAUGAGAGUCCUAAAGAGACAACUGCUAUCACUGUGCAGUUUGGAUAUCCUUUCAGGUUGUACAAGGUUCCAUUUGAUAUGCCAGACUGUAUUGAAGGAUCUACUGCUAAAAGGACGCUGCAUCUCUUGGGAGACUUUUCAGCACCUGCUGAGUUCUUUGUGACCUUGGGUGUUUUUUCUUUCCUGUAUACCAUGGCAGCUCUGGCAGUCUAUCUACGGUUUCACUCACUCUACAAAGAAAAUAAGAAGCUUCCUUUUGCGGAUUUCUGUGUGACCGUCUCAUUUACCUUUUUCUGGCUAGUGGCAUUUUCAGCUUGGGGCAAAGGUCUGUCAGAUGUGAAAGGAGCUACGCGGCCUUCCAGUCUUAUUGCUGCCAUGUCAGUGUGUCAACUCAAAACUGCUGUAUGCAAUGCUGGGGCCACACCUUCUAUGGGCCUGGCCAAUAUCUCUGUGCUGUUUGGUUUUGUCAACUUUAUACUGUGGGCUGGAAACUGCUGGUUUGUUUUUAAAGAGACCCCUUGGCAUGCUCAGACCACCAACAAGGAAAGCUCUGCUGAACAAGGAGCUGUUGAUAAGCAAUAAGGAAGCUCUCCUCCUUCACUUCUGAAGCCUCCUCUUCCCCCACCAGGAACAGUGCCUUGUCCCACGUAUAUGCUCAUCCCAUUUCACAGCAGGGCAGGAAAUACGCCUUCUCUGCCAAUUGUUGCUGCUGUCCAAUAGUCAUACUGGCAUCUCUGUCUCCUGACUAUUCUGGAAUGCCUUCCUCUGGCUGAAAUCAGGGGGUCCUCUUGUGGUCCUAGAUACACAGACUGUACAUGGUUACAAAAAAAACCAAACUCUUCUGCCUUCAGAUAUUUUUUUUUACAAACAUGUAUUAUUGUGCAUUGUAACAUUGGCUACUACCAGUCCUAGGGUGUGUGGCAUUGUUCCUUCCCAUCUGCUUCUGACCACUUUGUAAUGAGAAAUGCAGGUAGAUUUGGAUAACAGCAUAGAGAUAACCAAGGCAUUAGUGCUACAGAACCUGGGACAUCUAAGCACCUUUGAGAGUAAGUACACCUUCGACUCUGCAGCCAUAAUAGAAGCAGAAGCGGCAAUAUGCCACCUGGCUUAGCAGCAAAAUAAAGGAGAAAUACAAAGGGAAUAUUUUUACUUUCAUACAAUUGAAGGAAGGAGUGUGUUGCGUUUCUCUCUGUUGCAAAUGGGGUAUGAAUGUGCUAAAUAUCUCUCUGCUUCUCUUAAAUUCAUUUGGAUGAAAGCUGGAACUGCCGUUUGCCCACAGAUGGGUUGUUCACUCUUGAGCAGCAAAGUUUUGGUGCCUUAAUUUUUUUCCUCUCAGGUCAUGCACAGAUGUAUACUAUGUCCAUAUUGAGCCACAAGUGCUGACUCCCACCAGCAUGAGCUGACUGGCAGCUUUUGGCCUCCAUUUCCCUGUGUUUUUUGUGUAUAGUGGAGGCAAACAGAGGAUGUAAACACUGGACACCUGUUUCAGUGUCUUCUGAGGUCCUGUUCUAUUUUUAAAAUGCAAACUUUUAAAUAUGAAAACCUAAAUGAAUUUUUCUCAGCUUCUAGGAUAGUUUGAUAGAAAACUUGGGCCCAAGAGGCUUGGGGCAUUCGUUUCUGGUUGACAAAGAUGCAGGGGAAGGGUGGAAUUCUGUACAACUUGUUGUUUUGUUGAGAAUAUUUGUGGUUAAUGGCCUUAGUUCUGGCCUCUGAACACUGGUAACAGGAACAGAUGAGCUGUCAAGUUUGUGGUGUGGAUUGUUUGUCAAUGAAUUCAUGUAUGCCACUAUCUCGGGCCAACGCCCCUUUUAACUCCAGUGUGGCAGUAGGCAGCUGCUUGUAGAUUUCUGAUGGAGGCUUGAGGCAUCCCAGGCCUCCAAGUGAAGAUGAGAAUCUUUAAGGAAGGUUCCAGUAUCCCUGGAUGUCCCUCUAGCAAAUGAUGGGACCACCAGUUUAGGACAGUAUUAAAUCUGACAUUUUUAAAUCAUAGAAACUCUUUGUUAUUGUGUAUAUGCAGCGGAUACUUUCAGGUGAAGAGAGCUGUCAUAUUUUCUUCCCUCUUUUGAUCAUGCUGUUGACAUAAACAAGGGACUGGAGCCUGGCCUGCCAUUUACUCCAAACUCUACUAGUUGCCUAUUUUCUAAAACUUAUAUGAGUAAAUAGAAAAGAAGCACCCCGAAUCUUUAAAUCCCUGUGCUUCCAUGUGUCUAAUAUUAGAUGGGGAAAACUAGUUUUUUGGGAGGUUGGGGUGUAGCAGGUUGCAGGGUGAGUUCUUCUAUGCUGAUUAAAUCUUUCAUAUCAGA